UCUCGUUUCCCAGCAUAUGAUGACACGGUCUAGAUCUAACUAACGUUGUCUAGAAGAGAAAAUGUAUUAACACCGUCAAAUAUCAGCCAACUCGAAGAAAGGUACACUCUUUGUAAAGACGAUUCAACUCUCAAAAUGAUCACCUUGUUUCUUUCUUCUCAUAUUUUCUGAUAUCCUCCUUAUUUUCUUCUCACACCAAAUUCUUCCAUUGACUUGUUAGUGUCUGUUUACACCUACCCCACUUUUGAUCGACCCCCUCUUUGAAAGCAAACAACACCAAGAGGAGGAGAAACGAAACAAGUAAAGCAAACAUCCUCAUCAUCAGACGACAAGACUCUGAUUUUUAUCUUAUUAUCUCCUCCACCACCAUCAUCAUCAUUUCUUCAUUCUUUCUCAUUUUUCAACCCACAAUUAAUGUAUGGAAAACUCAAGUGAGAAUUUUCUGUAAACCCCAUUUAAUCUCUUGUCAAAAUAUCAUCUCUUUCUUUGUUUAUAAAACAUGUCUUCUUCUUCACUUGUUGAUUUUCUAUUCUUUGUUAUGUUCUACUUGCUAUGUUUCUAUACAAACUCAUCAUAUUCAGAUCCAAGAGCUACACCAGCAGCUCUCAUUUGCACUAACCGAACAGCUACAAAUCCUAACAGGCAAAUAUUCAUUUCCAACUUCUUAUCAGCUAUGGAUUCAGUUACACCUCAAAUAGCAUCUCAAAGAUAUGCAAGAACUAUUAAUGGUACAGGAGACAAUACAGUAUAUGCAUUUGGUGAAUGUAUGAAAGACUUAUCACAAAAUGAUUGUGAUAUGUGUUUUGCUCAAUGUAAAACGCAGAUACUUAGAUGUCUCCCUUUUCAGUUGGCAACUAGAGGUGGUAGAAAUUAUUAUGAUGGGUGUUAUUUGAGAUACGAUGAUUAUAGUUUCUUUGGCGAAGCUAUGAGUCUUGGAGAUAAAACUGUUUGUGCUAUAAAUGAUUAUGGUGGUGGGAAUUUGAGUGUUUACAAGGAGAAUACUGUCGAAUUGAUCAGGAAUUUGAGUGUUGAAGCUCAAAACAACAAUGGCUAUUCUGUAGGGGUUGUCAAGAGAGGGAAUGUUAGUGUCUAUGGAUUAGUGCAGUGUUGGACAUUUGUGAAUGAAACUUCUUGUAGAAAGUGUUUGGAAAAUGCUACCGUGGCUAUAACUUCAUGUCUUCCUAAGGAGGAAGGAAGGGUCUUGAAUGCUGGAUGUUAUUUGCUCUAUUCGCCACAGAAGUUUUAUAACAAUUCAACGGCGUCCCCAUCCGCAAGUGGAAGUGGAGGAAGGCGUCGUUUAGCUGUUAUACUAGCAGGCAUUUCUUCUGUUUUGGCGUUUCUGAUGAUCGCUGCAGCUGGUGUUUUCUUUGGCAAGAGCAAACUUGCAAAGAGGAGGAGAGAGAGAAAGCAACUUGGCGUCCUAGCAGCCACUAUAUAUAGAUCUGAACUCAACUUCAAAUACGAGACACUUGAACGAGCCACAAAUUACUUUAACAGCUCUAAUAAACUUGGUCAGGGAGGAUCCGGUUCAGUGUUUAAAGGAACAUUGCCAGAUGGGAAGGUUGUUGCUGUAAAGAGGUUAUUCUUUAACACGAGGCAAUGGGUGGAUCAGUUCUUUAAUGAAGUUAAUUUGAUCAGCGAGGUCCAUCACAAAAACCUUGUUAAGCUGCUGGGUUGCAGCAUAACUGGCCCCGAAAGCCUUCUUGUUUAUGAAUACGUUCCAAACAAAAGUCUCCAGGAACACAUUUUUGGUAGACAUAACAGUCGGCCGCUAAGCUGGGAGGAAAGAUACAAUGUUAUUGUGGGAACAGCGCAGGGUCUAGCUUAUCUACAUGAAGAGUCAACUUUGAGGAUUAUACACAUAGACAUUAAGUUGAGCAAUGUAUUGCUAGAUGACAAUUUUGUGGCAAAAAUUGCUGAUUUUGGGCUUGCUAGACUUUUCCCAGAAGAUAAGACUCACGUCAGCACUGUCAUAGCAGGAACAUUAGGUUACAUGGCUCCUGAGUAUGUUGUCUGCGGGAAGUUAACUGAGAAAGCAGAUGUUUAUAGUUUUGGUGUGCUUGUUAUCGAAGUUGUCUGCGGGAGGAGAAGCAAUUCGUUCUCUGAAGAUUCGUAUUCCAUUUUACAGAUGGUUUGGAACAAUUAUGGUACAGGGAAAUUAUGCGACGAAGUUGAUUCAGCUCUGGAUGGUAGGUUUCUAGCUGAUCAGGUUUCUAGGGUACUCCAAAUAGGGCUUCUCUGUACACAAGCCUCUGCAGAAUUGCGUCCAGUAAUGUCAAUGGUGGUGAAAAUGCUCACUGAAAACUAUGACAUACCUCAGCCAACACAGCCACCAUUUCUCAGUUCUAGUAGCUUACCAAAGUCAUUCACUCCAAGUGAGACUUACAAAUCCCAGGCCAAUUCCUACACUGGAUCUUCUGGGAAUGACGCGACACACAGCUUAGUUGAAGCCAGAUGACCUGCUCUAAAACAUCUUCAACUUUUUUGUUACCUAAUGGUCCUAAUCCAUAGACUUAUAAUGCAUACUCAUCAAGUCACUAGGUUGGUUUUUGGUUGACUCGGGAUUCUGGUCAUUAUCCAUGCAAUAUUUAUUCAAUUCCCGAGCUUUCCUGAUCUUGAUGGGUUUCAUUAUGUGGAAGUAUGUCAACAAUGUUGAAGCUUCAACGAGAAAUCCUUUUAAAGCUCAGCAUGUGCUGAUGGAGAAAUUGCACAUAGCACAAGUCAUGCGAGGACGGGAGUGAUAUUAUUACUAGGCUGGUUGUGCAUUUAUUGUAUGUAGUUGAGUUUGAUGAACAGUACAUAUUAUACAACAAAGGCCAUUUGGUCCUUGCUGAAAUGAAUCUGAUAGAUUAGCAUUAA